UGUGUGUGUGUGUGUGUGUGUGUGUGUGUGUGUGUGUGUUUGCUGUCUGAAGCUUAUAUUCAUACCUACCUAGUUUUGAACACACCUCAUUACAGUGGCAGCUGAAAUGACAUGCGUGGUUAUGUUACCUCAUGUCAAGUGUGUUGUUCACAUUUAGUUUAGCUGACCGAUAAUGGCGACCACCUCUCUGUGUAAACACAGUAUCUUCUGGAUAUGUUUUCUUACGUUUAGCGUCACUGCGACCGGUGCUGUUCGGGAAGAAACAAUUAAUGUGAAACAUGGAAUUUUAAAAGGAACUUAUGAUAACGAAACCGACGUAACAUCAUUUCUUGGCGUUCCUUAUGCCAAAGCGCCUACUCACCACCUACGAUUCGAACUGCCACAGUCUUAUUAUUGGAAUGGUACAUUAAAUGCAACAAACUUUUCUUCAAUAUGCAUGCAGGACAUAUCUUACCUAAAAGCUUGGAAGAAAUAUUUGGAAAAUCAAAGCAUGUCUGAAGACUGUCUGUAUUUAAAUAUUUAUGUUCCUGGAAAUAUGACAAAAAAUGCAACACAACAUAUUAUGGUCUGGAUUCACGGAGGGAACUUUGUGACAGGGUCAGCCUCGUUAUUUGACGGUACAAAAUUGGCCAAGAAGUGGGAUUCAAUACUCGUCACUGUUAACUAUCGCCUUGGACCUUUCGGAUUUCUUGGUUCAGGAGAUGAAGCCCUUCCAGGAAAUAUGGGUUUACAUGACCAACUGAUGGCUUUGAAGUGGAUCAAAGAGAACGCAAUUCCAUUCGGUGGUGAUGCACAAAAUAUUACACUAUUUGGGACAGAGAGUGUAUAUUUACUGAGUCUCAGUAACAAUCUCACUAAUGGCUUGUUUAACAGAGCAAUUGUGCAAAGCAGUUUAUGGCGUUCUUUCCCGAAACCAUGGCCGAUGUUUAAUAAACUAGCCGGUAGUACAUGUCCGCAUAAGCAUGAACAUCAUCACGAGAGCCAUGUCGAUGUUAAACGUAAACAGCUAACGUGUCUAAAGAACUUGACCAGUGAAUACUUUCUUAAUUAUACGUUGACCAAUCGAUUGGAACUCUUCAGCCCGACCAUUGAUAAUAUCUUUCUAAAUGAUUCAGUAUUUCUUGCCAUUCCACAAAAAGACAUAGAUUUCAUAUUUGGUGUACCUCAAUUCAAGGAAUCAGAUUUCGAAGUGUUCCCAACCAACACAAGAAAGGGUUUUGAAAACACACUUGGGAGAACAUUUUCCAACAUAUCAAUUCUAGCGAUAAAAUCUCAAUAUUUGAAACUGGACAAUGAAAUGAAAAAAGUCUUCAGUAAUGCUUAUAAUGGUCACUUGGCAUACACAACUCAAACCAUUGCAGACAAAACAUCAAAAGACAGUCCUACCUACGUAUAUUCGUAUUCUGUACAAAUUCCUGAUAUUUCAUCAGAAAGUUCCUAUGGAGAUGAAUUUCGGUUCCUGUUUGGGUCGACGACAACGACGGAUGAAGAAAUUAUUGCCGAUUUAAUGAUCGAUGCAUGGAGUCACUUUGCUCACACAGGGGUUCCACAACUUCCAAACAACAUUAAGUGGCCUGUUUAUGAGGAGGAGAACCGAAGCUACGUGGAACUUCGUCCAAAUAUUACAGAAGAGAAUGUCAAAACACGUCUGAAAGAAAGUGACUGGAUAUUUUGGAAUGAUUUAAUAGCAAAUUUAGAAAAGCUCAGUGACCCUUCAAAGCCAACGACUGAGGCACCAAUGAAGCAUACAACAAUGGGUCACAUGGAAAUGAAAUCAGAGCCAAUUGCCUGGGGAAUGGAAGAUAAAAUGGUCCACGACUUACUGAUGGGACUCGUGAUUGUCUCCGUAUUCCUGUUCGUCAUCUGCGUCACUCUCAUCCUAAUAUUAUAUAAACUGAGAUCACUGAAGAGAAAAAACCAACCCUGCAACACUGUAAACACGCCUGGCACCAAAUCUGCUGUUACCUACAGUUCUAGAGCCAAACUAAAUGAGGCAUUUCUCCCAGAGUCUAACAGUGCCGGAAAUAUAGCCGCACAAAAUAAUCCUGAAACAAUCACUAAAUUUUAGGGUGGUUUUUCUACCCGACAUUCAUAUCAUGCUUUACACGAAACUUUUUCAACUUUAAUAAUUCUUAACAAUCAUUGUAUUGUAUUUUUAUAUUCACCCUUAAUUCAACUUUACCUUUCACCAUUUCGGGGCGAUGAAAUAAACUACCAAUUAAGUACUGAUAUCCAUGUAAUCUAGUGGCCCUUUCCUCCUAAUGAUCCUGCCUUGGGCUUCAAUCAGAAAUAUUUUGAAGACGGCGAAAAAAUUCCUAGAGUCGAUGUGAUCGAAUAGUUCCCGGCCCAACAAUGUCUACAUAAUUUGAGGCCUUGUGCUUGUAUUAGAAAGCGUCGUGAAAGCAGCCAGCCGGAGGAGCUGGUACAAUGCAUAGCGGCAUUUCAUCCGGGAUUUUACGUUCUGAAUUUAAACUCUAUGUACGUCGACUUUGCCUUUCAUCUUUCCGGGGUCGAUAAAAUAAGUAUCACCUUAGAAUGGGGUCGACGUAAUCAACCACCCCGCUCCCCCAAACUUUCAGUCCUCGUACCUAUGGUAGAAAAGAUUCUUCUACUUAUUAUUAUUAUUGCCUUUGCACAGCUUCUAGCGCUGGAGAUGUACCUGGGUGCCAGCUGUUCACUAGCAGUGAACUAAGGUAACACCCCUUAUUUUUCGAUCACCUUCCCGAAUAUUCGAGUGGUUCAAAGCAGUGCUGUUUUCUGCAAGCGCUCCACCUUUAUUGCAGCACUUAUUUGUUCCAUGUACUUACCAAGGUUUUUACUCACUGUUCCCAGGGCUCCGACAAUUAUUGGUACUACUACCAACUUUUUCAUCGACCACAACUGCUUAACCUCCUUAUUAUUAUUAUCCACUUAUUUCAAUUUUGUUUCCAUUUCUUGCCGAGUAUCUUCUCGACACCUAGUGCAAAAAAACUCGCUGUAUGCAUUGGGAGAUCAUUAAAAUAAACACACCAGAUUCUUCAUUUACAAAGUCAAGUAACAGAAAAAGGGGAAGAAUCACCAAGCAAACAAAGAAGAAAGAAGAAAAAAGUUAAAGACUGGAAAAUGUGAGAAAAUAAUUAAAAUAAAACAAGAUCACUCGGAGAGCGCAAGCCUUCACCAAGGCAACACCAACGUCCUCUCAAUGAUUAGCCAGAGAUGAUUUUUAAAAUGAGACUAUCUGAAAUAAACUCGACUGCUCUGAUAAACGAGAAUACUAAAAAUGAAUCUGAUCGAUCUCAAA